CCCUUCCCUAGUUUCAUAAGUGCUGCAUACAGCCCCGCUGCACAUUGUUAAUAGCCAAAGCUCAGCCCGUAUGGGAGAGUCAGCGGAGGACAGGUUUACACUUGCACAUCUUGAACCCAAACCCCGCUACUAAACAUCUGCAGCCCUGCGCCUCACUGCAGCGAUCGCCUGAACAUGGGACGGACUUUGGGGCUGUUUGUGAGCUGUUUGUUGUUUUUUCUCUCCUCCCGUGCGGAGGGGAAGCGCGGCAGGGAGAGAGUUUACUAUGUGGGGAUCAUUGAGAAUUCGUGGGAUUACGCACCCGGUGGAAAAAACCUGCUUAACGGGGAGGACACCGCAGGAGAUGAGUUUGCAUCUGAAUUCCUGGAAAAAGGUCCUCAUCGUAUUGGCAGUGUUUAUAAGAAGGCCAUGUUCCGACAAUAUACAGAUUCCUCCUACAGCCAUCUUGCCCCCCGUCCAGCCUGGCUGGGCUUUCUGGGGCCCAUACUGCGAGCAGAGGUUGAUGACGUUAUUGUGGUCCACUUGAAGAACUUUGCCAGCAGGAACUACUCUAUGCAUCCCCAUGGAGUUUUCUAUGAGAAGAAUGCAGAGGGGGCGCUCUAUCCAGAUGGGACGUCAAACAUGUUGAAGAUGGAUGACUGUGUUCCCCCGGGAGGCAGCUACACCUACCGCUGGGAGGUCAGACCGGAAUUUGCCCCCACAGAUGAUGAUGCUAACUGCCUGACCUGGGUCUACCACUCUCACUUGGAUGCACCCAGGGAUAUUGCCACCGGACUCAUCGGGGCUCUGCUCACUUGCAAGAAAGGAAUCUUGAAGGAGACUAAUGAUCCAGAGUCUGUGGUAGAAUCUGUCCGAAAUGAUGUGGACCAGGAUGUCUUCCUGAUGUUUAAUGUGGUGGAUGAAAACCUGAGCUGGUACUUGAAGGACAACAUUCAGAACUGCUUUGAUCCAGCUGGGGUCAACCGAAAAGACCCAGACUUUGAGGAGUCAAACCGGAUGCAUGCUAUUAAUGGGUACAUGUUUGGUAACCUGCCCGGAAUAGAGCUAUGCCAGAACCGUUUGGUAGCCUGGCAUUUGUUUGGCAUGGGUAAUGAGGUGGACAUUCAUUCUGCCUUUUUUCACGGGAAUACACUGCUGGACCGUGGCCACCGCACCGACGUCCUCAGCCUGUUUCCAGCCACAUUUGCUACUGCUGAGAUGGUCCCGAAAUCAACAGGAAAGUGGCUGCUGUCCUGCCAGGUUAAUGACCAUCUGCAGGCUGGGAUGCAGGCCUUUUAUGAAGUGAAUACAUGCGGCAGCAAGGACAGCUCCACAGAGAUGCCCGGUAUUGUGAGGAAUUACUACCUAGCAGCAGAGGAAGUUCUGUGGAACUAUGCUCCCUCAGGAAAGGAUCUAAUUAACAACGUAUCCCUUACUGAGGCCGACAGGGCAUCAGAGAUAUUUUUUGGCCGAGAUGAUGGAAGGAUUGGAGGUCAGUACAAGAAAGUGAUAUACAAAGAGUACACAGACAAUACCUUCACCACCACAAAACCAAGAACACCUGAGUCUCAACACUUAGGACUCUUAGGUCCAGUCCUGAGGGCAGAGGAAGGAGAUACUCUCAGAGUGACAUUCAUGAAUAAAGCUAAUGGAAACUACAGCAUCCACCCUCAUGGCCUGCACUAUGACAAACACUAUCAGGGAAGCAGAUAUGAGGACGGUGUUGAUAAGCCAGGCUCCCACGUUGGUCCGGGGAAGAACUUCACCUAUGUCUGGCGGGUGCUGGAAGGUCCAUCUUCAUCUGAUACUCCAUGUAUCCCCUACCUGUAUUACUCUGCCACUGAUCCUGCCAUGGACACCAACUCUGGAUUAGUGGGACCUCUGCUCGUGUGCAAGAAAGGAGCGCUGGGGGUGAACAAAACCCAGAAUGGUAUCGAUAAGGAGUUUUUCCUUCUGUUUUCUGUCAUGGAUGAAAACGUGAGCUGGUAUUUGGAUGAAAAUAUCGAGAAAUUUGGGAGCGAAGACAUAAAUCCAGAUGACGAUGACUUCAAGGAGACCAACAUGAUGCAUGCUGUGAAUGGAUUAAUGUACGGGAACCUUCCCGGACUGGAGAUGUGUGCUGCGGACAAAGUUAUGUGGUACACCUUUGGGCUAGGUACAGAAGUAGACAUCCAUGGUGUUUAUUUUGAGGGGAACACCUUCAAGAAGCAGAGCACAACACGAGACACUCUCAACCUGUUCCCUCACACCACGGCUUCUGUUGCCAUGCAGCCCGGCACUCCUGGACUGUAUGAGGUGAGCUGCAGAGUAACAGACCACUACUCAGCAGGCAUGAGGCAGCAGUACAGAGUGAACCUCUGCCAACAUCACAAAAUGAAGCACACACGCACUGAGCCAACCAAGAUUGUGCAGUAUUUUAUUAGUGCUGAAGAAAUAGAGUGGGACUACUCACCGGAGAGAAACUGGGAGCUGGAGAAACACCACCCUACAUCAGAGGAAAGACCAGGCAAUAUGUUUGUGGAGAAAGGGAAAAACAGAAUUGGCUCACGCUAUAAGAAGGUGGUGUAUAGAGAAUACACAGAUGACACCUUCAAAGUUCAGAAGAAAAGGCAGCCAAACGAACAGCACUUGGGGAUUAUUGGUCCCCUAAUCAAAGCAGAGGUAGGAGAGCAGAUUGUGAUCACAUUCAAGAACAAAGCUACUGCCCAACCAUACUCGAUUACCGCACAUGGAGUUAAGGCCAGCGGUGCACACGUUCCUGUCCAACCUGGCAAAAUAAUCGAGUUGACGUGGGAUGUUCCUGAAAGCUCUGGUCCAGGGGUCUCAGAUCCUAACUGCAUCACUUACGCCUACUACUCCAGUGUUCAUUUCAUUAGGGAUCUGUACAGUGGUCUCCUGGGGCCUCUGGUGAUAUGCAGGCCCGGUACUCUGGGGCCUCUGCAGCCUGGUGAGGGGCCUCACAGACAGAGGAGGGACGUGGAGAAUGAGUUUGCUCUUCUCUUUAUGGUGCAUGAUGAAAACCGAUCUUGGUACUUGAAUGACAACAUCAGAAAAUACCUUGGUGUCGACCCUGAACACUUCAUGGCAGACGAAGACUUUGAGGAGAGUAACAAGAUGCAUGGGAUCAAUGGUAAACUGUACGGUAACCUCCAUGGACUGGUGAUGACGCAGGGCCAGAAAGUUGACUGGUAUCUACUGGGAAUGGGCAAUGAAGUGGACAUGCACACUGUUCACUUCCAUGCUGAGACUUUUACCUACAAGACUGACCGCGUGCACCGUGCAGAUGUCUUUGACCUCUUCCCCGGGACUUUCCAGACGGUGGAAAUGGUGGCAGGGAACCCAGGGACUUGGUUGCUCCACUGUCAUGUGACUGACCAUAUCUAUGCUGGCAUGGAGACCACUUUCACCAUCAAAGGCGUGUCAAAAGAAAACUCCUCAACUGCUUUACCAGAAAGCUCCUCAAAUGUCUUUUCAGCUGCAGCACCAGGAACUGAAGGCUCCAUAAAGACACUGCUGCUCUCUCUAGCGCUUGGUCUCAUGGCUUUAGGUGGACUGCUUUAAUGAAGGGAUUCCAACACUGGGCUAUAUGUGUGUUACCACAGCAGUGACCAUUAAUGCACAUAAACAUUAGGACAAAAUCACUGUUCCAUAUGUAUAUUUUCUGGAAGUAUGUAAAUAUCAAGCAGGUAAAAUAUACAAACGACUGUACAAUGAUGUGUAAAGUUCAGCACUGCUUUAUUUCUUGUUUCUUAUGACUAAAAGGAGCAUUUUAUAUCGGUGGAUUACUUAUUUUGCCGUUUUUCUGGCAUUUUGCACUGUGUCUGCUGUUUUUGCAAUGUACUGCUUUACCAAAUGUUUGACUCCAGUUAUGAAUGUACAAUAAAGAGAUUUAUUCAA